GCCUGCAUGUGUCCCUUCAGGCCAGAAGAGGGCACCAGAUCUCAUUACUGAUGGUUUUCAGCCACCAUGUGGGUGCUGGGAAUUGAACUCAGGACCUCUGGAAGAGCAGCCUGUGCUCUUAACCUCUGAGCCAUCUCUCCAGCCCUUUUUCUGGGUUCUAGACAUCGUGUUCAUUCAUUCAGGGAAACAGCCAGUAUUCUGGAGCUGUCCUAGACUGAGGAGUCCAUCUUUAAACUCUUAGGGGAAGGAUCAGGUGCCGUGUGCAGGAAGAGUGGUGUCUGGAGCACUUGUUUGAGCCUGUGUGCAUCAGCAGUAACAGACUUUUUGUCUUCCUCUUUUUCUGUUCUUUUCCAAGGCAGGGUCUCUCUCUUUAGCCCUGGAUGUUCUAGAACUCAGUCUGUAGACCAGGCUAUGCCUUUAAUCCCAGCACUGGGGAGACAGAGGCAGGAGGAUCUAUGUGAGUUCGAGGCCAGCCUGGGCUACAGAGUGAGUUCCACACAGGCAGAGGUACACAAAAAAACAAAACUGUCUCCAUAAGACAAACAAACAAAAAUGCUCAGGUCAACCACUCAAAAUUGUAGGCCUGGAUUCCGAGGACUCGUAAGCAGGAGGAUUGCCCAGGAAAAAGGGAGGGAAGGAGGUGGAAAGAUCCUUUUUUCGUUUAAUUGUUCCUUUUUUCCCCCUUUAACAGUUAUUGAUUCAUUUAUUUCAUGUGUAUCGGUUGGUUGGUGGCAGAACUCAUGCCUGCAGUGCCCGGGGCAACCAGAAGAGGGCGUUAGAUCGCCUGGGACUGCAAUUACAGACUGCUGUCGGCGACUAUGCGGGUGCUGGGAACCGAACCCAGGUCCUCUGUACCAGCAGCCAGCGCUCUUGAUCCCUGGAACCGUCUUUCCAGCUUCGUCUUUGAGACGAGUUUCACUGUAUGGACUGUAACUGGCCAUCCUCCUGCCUCACACUCUCAAGUGCUGAGAUGACAGGCGUGCCCACCUCGCCCAACACUAAACGUGACGUUCUAAAGUCUAGAGAGUGGUACAACUGUGGGAAAUGUACGAAAAAUCUUCACGUUAAGAUCACCAACAUUUUCUAGGAGAGAAUUCAGUGUAGCCAGAUUCGCAAGAUAAACUGGCCUCGGAAAAACUAACUGUGCAUUUGGUAAUAUACCAAUUAAACAAUUUAAAAGUUUUUAUCGUGAUGAAAAGCAAACAACCCGAAGUCUCUUUAUCCUUAAAAUAUCCACUUCCGAUUGCUGAAUGUAUAUAAUCAUUUUUUUUUUUCUUCAAGUAAUUCAAGAGAUGGGAGAAGGGCUCAGGACUUUAAUCCCAGCACUCAGGAGGCAGAGGCAGGUGGAUCUUUGUGAGUUCAAGGCCAGCCUGGUCUACAGAGCUACAUAGUGAGUCCCUGUCUCCCAAAGCAAAACACAAACAAACAACAACAACAAAAAAAGAGCAGCUCUCGGUGGCGAAUCUGCUGCUGCCAAUAACGAGUUCCGGCGGAGGUCGGCGUGAGAAGUCCCCAGUCGCUGGCAAACGGGCGUGGCAAACGGCCUCCGUCUCGGCGCGGAAAGAACCCGGGACUUGCUGAGAACAUGAGCGACUGGAUGCCCAUCGCCAAGGAAUAUGACCCACUUAAAGCUGGCAGCAUUGAUGGCACAGAUGAAGACCCUCAUGACCGUGCUGUGUGGAGGGCCAUGCUGGCCCGCUACGUACCCAACAAAGGCGUUACCGGAGACCCCCUCCUUACCCUGUUUGUGGCACGACUGAACCUGCAAACCAAGGAGGAGAAGUUAAAGGAAGUCUUCUCCCGCUAUGGUGACAUCCGGCGCCUGCGGCUGGUUCGGGACCUGGUGACCGGCUUCUCCAAGGGCUACGCCUUCAUCGAGUACAAGGAGGAGCGGGCCCUGCUGAAGGCCUACCGUGACGCUGACGGCCUGGUCAUCGACCAGCACGAGAUCUUCGUGGACUACGAGCUGGAGCGCACCCUCCGUGGCUGGAUCCCUCGGCGGCUGGGCGGUGGGCUGGGUGGGAAGAAGGAAUCUGGACAGCUGAGGUUCGGGGGCCGGGACCGGCCUUUCCGGAAACCCAUCAACCUGCCCGUUGUCAAGAACGAGCCGCACAGAGAAGGAAAAAGAGCACGGAGGGAGCGAUCUCGAUCCCGGGACAGACACUGGGACCCCAGGCCCAGGGAGCGGGACCAUGACAGGGGCCGGGAGAAGCGCUGGCCGGAGAGGGAGCUGGCCAGGGUGUGGCCCGAGAAUGAUUGGGAACGCGAGAGGGAGUUCAGGGAGGACAGGGCCAAAGGCAGGGACAAGAGGGACAGGAGCAAGUAGAGCCAGCGGCAGGCAGGCUUUGCAGGCUCAGAGACUACCCAGAGGCCCCCGGGCCAUCAGGCUGGGCCAGUUCCCUUUCCAGUACAGAACCCAGGCUCAGGCAGACCUAGGCCUGUGCUUUUGCAGUAUUGAGGCUUGAACGGAGAGCAUGGCAUGCUGGGCAAUGCUCCACUACAGGGCCACAGACGAUGGGAGAGGAGACAGCUGUAUGAGAAGUCACCCGUCCCCUGUGGAAAUACAUGUUUUCACAUGCUUGCCCUCCCAGCACCGGGGCGGUGGAGACAGGUAUCAGACCAGAGAAAGAAGGGAUAAUCAAGAGUGUGUCUUCUUUCUCACACCCUUCGAGGUAGGGUUCAAUGUUGCAGAGGGGAUAGUGCCCUUACAGCCCUCAAAUAGCCUAGCGGUGGCACACACCCUCAUCCUAGCACUGGGGUGGGUGAGGCAGGAGGACUGCGAGUUUGAAGCCAGCCUGGGUUACAAAAUAAGACCUCGUCUCGAUAACCUACAAGAACUGGAUGUAACACCGACAUUGACUCCUGGGGUGCCUUGUCUUUCCCAUCUUUGUGUUUAGGCUUUGCUGAAUUGAAAUAAAAACAGGCUAGAAAAGCCA